UGAAGUAAUCUCUCCUUCAAAUCAAAAAUACUGUUCUAAAUGUCAUAAAAAAAUUAACACAACCUUACAAUAAAAAUUUAUUUUCAAUAGUUAUUUGACAAAAUGAGCGUAAUUAGUUGUUUAUUUCGUCAAAUAAUUACUAAAAAUCCACAAAUAAUUAACAAUGGUCUUAAAAGUUCCAAAAAUGCUAUUGCUGUUCGACAGAUGAGUGACCAUGGACCACGGUUAUUUGUAAUUACACCAAGUCGCUGGCAAUGGAUUAAAUUUAAAGAUUUGUUCCAUUAUUAUAUUCUGGUUGGAGCAAUUCCCGUUCUCGGGGUUGUUACGUAUGCCAAUGUUUUUAUUGGGCCAGCUCAAUUAACUGAAAUACCUGCCGAUUAUACACCAAAACACUGGGAAUAUCAUAAACAUCCGAUUACAAGAUUUUUAGCUCGAUAUGUGUUCCCAAAUCCUCAACAGGAAUACGAGAAAUUAAUGCAUCUACUCUAUGAAGAACAUGAAACUGCUUUAAUUAGAAAAUUAGAAAAAGAUGUACGUGCAAAGAUGGCUGAACGCAAUGAUUAUCAAGCAUAUUAUUAUAGACCUGGUAUUGCAAAAUAUCAUCGUGCCUCUAGAGAAGCUGCCGAUUAUUUGAAAUCAAUCCGUGGUGAUUAAUUUUCAAAUCACUUCCAAUACAACAAAUACUUUGUUCAAAUUUAGUAAAUAUAUUAGUUAAGUUGUAAAGUGCUACGAUUCUACGAAAAAUAAAACAAAUUUUAAUUUAAA